AUGGCCGACCAACUGAAACCAUACACGAUUUCCAUUCCUGAUGAGAAGAUUCAAGACCUCCAGCAGCGUCUAGCGCUUUCCAAAUUCGCAACUCAGCUAGAGUCUUCCGAACAAGAUCCUUGGGAUUUUGGAACUCCAGUCACCGAGGUGCAGCGACUCGUAAAGUAUUGGCAGAACGGCUUUGACUGGCGGAAGGCAGAGGCCAAGUUGAAUGAGCUGCCUCAGUAUCAAACGCAGAUCGAGGUCGAUGGAUUUGGCAGCUUGGAUAUACACUACAUCCACCAAAUCAGCAACAACAAGAACGCAAUUCCACUGCUUUUUAGCCAUGGAUGCGACGACGAUAGCCCCGCAUUUCACGUUGUGGCUCCAUCACUGCCAAAUUUCGGCUUCUCUUCGGGUGUGACCCGUCGAGGGUUUGGCCUUGCGCAGUAUGCCGAAGUCCUUCACAAGCUUAUGAUAAAGCUCGGCUAUGACCAAUAUGUAACCCAGGGCGGAGAUUGGGGGUUCUGGAUUACUAGAACUAUUGGUCUACUCUACCCCGAGCACUGCCAAGCUUCUCAUAUCAACAUGGUGUUGGCCUACCCCCCUAAAUUCACGGAAAACCCAUGGGCAGCCCUGCAACAUGCAUUGCUGCCAUACAAUGACCGGGAAAAAGCAGGCCGCGAGCGAAGUAAAUGGUUCGAACGAGAAGGCUAUGGUUACAACCAACUCCAAAGCACCAAGCCGCAGACCAUUGGCGCAGCGCUGGAAGAUAGCCCUGUUGCCUUGUUAGCCUGGAUUUACGAGAAGCUGCACGACUGGACUGACUCGUAUCCCUGGACCGAUGACGAGAUCUUAACCUGGGUAUCUAUCUACUGGUUUUCCGCAGCCGGACCCGCGGCUAGUGUCCGCAUAUAUUAUGAGGCCAUCCAUGGCGGAACGAUCAAGGGAGACUCCUACAAGGCGUUGGUUGCCUACGUCCCGCGUGUGAAACUGGCAAUUGCGCACCUCCCUCGUGAAAUUGUGGUCGUUCCUUCCUCUUGGGCUGCUGGCCUAGGUCCAGUUGUUCAACAGACCGAGCAUCCCCAUGGAGGUCACUUUGCCGCUUGGGAGGUUCCAGAAUCUAUCGUCCAGGACUUGCGGGCGAUGUUUAGUAGGACUGGACCUUGCUACCGGGCUGUUUUAGGCAAAGAUGGAUACUAA